AUUUCAGAAUAUCUAACUAAUUCAAGUCCUAAAUAUCUCAGAGCUGUGGAUUAUUUAAUCUUUUAUUUAGAAGAAAUAAAGAACUUAGCUAUUAAAUUUAGUUCUAGUUUUAUUUUAUUUUAUAUAGUCAGUAAUAUUAGUUUUGCUAAUAAUUAA